CCAAUCCCUUAACCGCUCCCCACCCCUCUCUCUAUAAACAUCCUCAUCCGCUGCACUUCAAUUGUUCUAAACGACAAUGGCGAUGAAGGAGAAGCCUGCAAGCGCCGCUGCCGUACACUACAGGGGGGUGAGGAAGCGGCCGUGGGGCCGCUACGCCGCCGAGAUCCGCGACCCCAACAAGAAGACACGUGUCUGGCUGGGCACCUUCGACACCGCCGAGGAGGCCGCGCGUGCCUACGACGCCGCCGCCCGCAGCUUCCGCGGCUCCAAGGCCAAGACCAACUUCAACGACGACUCACUUGGCGCUAACCAAGCGGCCGCCGGGGAGAUUCAGUUCCUCCGACAACAUCCGGUGCUGCAAAGCUAUAUGCACCGCUACAUGCAGCAGGAGGAGGAGCAUCAAGUAGAGGAGGUUGAGGAGGCCACAGAAUUGAAUCUUGAUCUCAAUCUUGCGCCGCCUUUGGCAGCUUGAAAUUACACUAGUGUUUUUUAAAUGGUGUAGUAGUUUAAUUAUUUUUGGUUUUCAUCAAUCAAAUCUAACCUUUUGAUUCAAAUAAUUGGUCUAACAUAUCUGGUUUAUACCAGAAUUUCGUUUUAA